GAGAGCCAGUCAGUGAGCAGCAGAGUCAACAGCUCUCUCAGGAUAGGAGGAGUGUGUGUAUGUGUGUGGUGUUGUAUCUGCAUGUGUGUGCAUGUGGGAAGCCUGGGAGGCCACGCCCACUCUGGGCUGAUUCCAGGCAUCCUGGCGAUAAUGAAGUCUGCGCGGCGCUGCCUGCCAGUGUGUCAUACUACCAUCGCUCUAGCGGACACACGCUCUCUCUCUCUCUCUCUCUCUCCCUCUCUCUCUAUAAGCACACACACACAGCGGACCCCUCUCGCUGUCAAACACGCACACACAGACUGAGAGAAGUGGAAGCAAAGACAACAGGACGUAAAGGAGGGAGAGGGGAGAAGAGUUUUGGUGUGGUGGGAUGGUUGUGGCAGUGGUAGCCCAUCACUGUGGCUAAACCGGCGGUCUCACAUUGCCCCGCGGGACAGACGGCAAGUGCCGUAUACAGCCGCCAAACCCCCCUCCCCCCUACCCCCUCCUCCUUCUCCCGCCACACACACCACCUGCCGCCACGGAAUUCUUGGAUUAAUCUCUUCUCCCGAGCGGGAUCGGAGGAGUUGCUGAACGGACAACAUGGGGAACCAGGCGGGAAGACAGGAUGAUACGGAUUCAGGUGCCACGGGGAACAAGAAGUCCGGCAUCCCUGCACCCAAAGAGCUCCCCACCAGUAUCACCAGGGACCGCGUCUCUCUGAGAGAGCAUCUCAAGAACUCCACUGCCAAGAAGAUUGUUUCCAGUGCCAGCACGUCCAGCCUCUCCUCCAUAGCCAGGCACCCGCGCAGCACAGCCAGGGCUCGGGGGGAUGCGGAGAGUCCGGACAAGGGCCUUCUGGAGUCCCAGGUCAAAGAGCUCCAGGCUGAGGCCAAGGCCAAGGACAACGAGAUCAACAACCUGAGGAUGGAGCUGCAGCGCUUCAGAGAGAAGGCCCCCGCCGCCUCCCCGACCGCAGAGACACCGGGGUCCGACUCGUCCCAAGACUCGUCCCCCGAGCAUGGGCCGGUUCAGGUGUCAGACGUCCUGGUGAUGGUCGGGGAGCUCAGGGAAAAGAACGCCAAGUUCCAGAAGGAGCUGGCCGGCCUCCGGGAGGAGAACCAGACUCUGAAGGAGACGCUGCUGGGCCUGGAGGCUUCUUCCAAGCCCAUGCUCAACGGCCUCCCGUCAGACUCAAACGCCUCCCCUCCUGGGGAAAACAGCCCACCCUCCGCCGGCAGCCCACUCAGAUCCUCCCUCUCCUCCAGCGCUGACAUCAAGGACGCCUCGUCCCCCGACUGCUCAGAGUUCGAGAAGAUCCCGUCCCACUCCACCUCCGCCUGCAGCAGCAUCAGCAGCGACGCCACCAGCGUACCAGCGGGGAACGGCGCGGCGGGGACCGGCGUCUCCGUGCAGAGCCUCACCGACCAGAUAUACAAGAUGGAGGAGAGCCACCACAGCACGGCCGAGGAGCUGCAGGCCACGCUGCAGGAGCUGGCCGACCAGCAGCAGGUGGUCCAGGAGCUCACCGCCGAGAACGAGCGGCUGGCCCAGGACAAGCGGCUCCUGCAGUCCUCCCUCCAGCAGCAAAGGGAGCGGGUGGACCAGGUGGCCCAGAAGAACGAGGUGCUGGCGGGGCGGCUCCAGGAGCAGGCCCAGGCCCAGGCCCAGAGGGAGGAGGAGCUGGGCAGCCAGGCUCCACGACACGCCGAGCUGGAGCAGCGGUACGGCGAGCUGGUGGAGAGCUCCCGCUUCGAGCGGGAGAAGCUGGUGGACAUCCAGCAGCAGCUGACGGGCAGCCUGCGCGCCCUGGAGCAGGAGCACCAGGAGGCCCAGGCCCAAGCACGCAGCCUCAGAGAGGAGCGGGACGGCCUGCAGGAGCAGCUGGAAAUGGCAGCCCAGGUCGGAGAUCAGGCAGCCAAGGCCGCCGAGGGGCAGCGGGCCUGCGGCGAGGGCCUGAGGCUGGACAACAGCCGGCUCAAAGCCCAGGUGGACAUCGAGAGGCAGAAGGUCACGGAGCUCAAAGCCAUGCAGAGCGCCAGCGACAGCACAGAGCUGCAGGGGCUACUGAAGGCGGCACACGAGGAGAAGGACCGGCUGGAGGUCGAGCUGUCGGAGCUCAGGCAGGAGUUGCUGCAGGCGCAGGGGGAGGCGGAGCACGCUAAAGACACCAUCUCCAAGGCGGAGAGCCGAUGCCAGCAGCUCCAGGAGAGUGCGGCGCGGCUGGAGCAGGAGCUGGUGUCCAGGGUGGGCGCCCUGGAGGAGGCGGGCCUCCAGGCGGAGAACCAGGUGAAGGAGCUGAAGGAGACCAUCUUUGAGCUGGACGACCAGGUGGAGCAGCAGAGGGCCGUCCACCUCCACACCAACCAGACCGUCCUGGACAUGGAGAAUCAUGUCAGGAAGCUGGAGGAGCAGAAGGCGGAUGCAGAGCGACAGGUCAAGCUCCUGACGAGACAAUCGAAGGAGGAGAAGGAGGAGUGGAGGCGGUUCCAGGCGGACCUCCAGACGGCGGUGGUGGUGGCCAACGACAUCAAGGUGGAGGCCCAGCAGGAGCUGCGCGCCCUCCGCAGGCAGCUGCAGGAAGAGCAGCACCGCAGUGCCAAGCUCUCCAGCGACCUGGAGGGCCUGCAGGGAGUCAGGAUGGGCCCCGGGGCCACUUUUGACACCAAGACAGCCGUGGAGGGCCGAUGAGGGGGCUCCCUCCCUACCCCCCACCCCCCAAGGCAGGGACCUUUCCCAUCGCAGACUGAAGACAGUGUUAUCUUUGCACUUAUUGUUUCUCCAUGUAGUUGACGUUGACGUGAUGUGCUGCAUGCAUCUGAACAGAAGCCAGACUGGGUGCUGUUGUUCAAGCAGUGCAUAGCCAAAUCCUAUGCUGGUUUGACAUGUAACUGUGUUUGUGCCACAGCAAACAAAAAAGCAUUUAUGUCUCAACAUGUAUUUUUAUUUGACAAAACUUCUAAAGUUUAUUUUCGAUUAUUUUAUUUGUGAAUGUAUGCUUACACCUGUGACUUCCUUGUUUGUGAUGAAGAAAAAUCUUAUUUUUAUGUUGUUUUUAAAGUUGCAUUUGUGCCUUUUUUUAGAUUAAACAAAUCAUAUACACUAUUCAAAAUUCAGUUAGUUUUGAUAGAAAGAGAGGCGUCAAAAACAAGAACCCAAAAAUCAUAAAUCAAACGUUCAACUAGUAUUGUGUUGAUUGCCAAAGCCUAACAACCUAGUUAUUAGUCAAGUCCAGUUCUACUGCCAGAAACAGUACACAAGCACGAUGUCAGUCUGAACAUUUCAGGCAGUAUUUUGGCCUUAGAAUAUCAAAAUUGUUUUUUUUUUCUUUAUUGAAGUUUGUUCAGCUUUCUUAUAAUCCAUACAAUAUCAACAAUUGAUUUUAAUGAUCUCUUUUAGACCGAUUAUUGUAUUGAAACAUCUGGUAGAUGUGUGAUAGGUGCUUGACGUUAAUAUCUGGGAAGGCGCUUACUGGAACCAGUUCAUUAAAACAUCCAUUCCACCGACUCGGUGUAUGCAAAUUUAGGAAAUCAAGAAAAAGUGCAGUGGGAACAUUAAACCACUAGAUGACGUUGUUGAGCCAGGGGUGCGAACUCAUUGCCAUGGACCUAUUACAUGCGCUGCCCCAAACACUGUAUUUGAGACGAUUGAUUUCCCAUUACAUGAAAAGUCUCUUCGCUGCCAAUAAUUAUGUUCAGGACAAUGGUGAUUAUACACCUAAGCAGGGAAUUACUUAAUGGUUAAGGCCAUGUUGGCAGAACACUGCUGAUAAGGCAGUUUUAACAGCAAAUAAACCCACCUGUGCCUCUCAGAAUUACUCUUAUAUAGUCUUAGGCCAUACCAUUAAGCAGAAAGGUAGUUUUUCUAAUAAGUAUGUUUUCAAAGUAUCUUAAAACGGCUAGUUCUAAAAUACCAACGCUGAACACUGAUGAUGUUGAAUCAUUUCCGCCAUUAUGCCUGAAUCCUUGUUUUGUUCACUUUCUGAUGAGAAAUUGCAAAAUGGUUCUUUUGCUUUCAUAUAGGGUUGAAGAAGCAUGGAUUUUUGUUUCUGCAUCUCAGGAUUUGUUGAUAAUCCAGUUAUCAUCGGCGUUAUUGCAGUUUAUGCAGUUGCCGAAUCAUCUUCACAGUUUAUUCUGACUUGGAAGGUUCUAAUUUAUAUUGUCAUAUUUACAGAGAGACUCAUUGCUGUUUUUACCUGUGACGGUAUACACAGUGCUACGUGUCCAUGGUAUUUGUCAGUUUAAAUGUUGUAUUUUGGGUAGAUCAAACAAUAAAGUAUCUCCACUCCAGUUUGGGUGUGUUGGUUUUGUGUGUUUAAGUGGAAUAGCUUAGAGCUGAAUUUGCCUCCAUAUAAAUCAUGUGUAUUCAUCAAGAUGCAUGUUAAACACAAAACAUCGGGGUUCCCGAGGUCAAAUGUUCACUUCAAGGACUGGGACGAAAGUCAUAGGGAGAUUGUGUUCCAAAUAUAGAACCGGCUAUCUAGAACCAGUCAGUCAUUAUUGACCAAACGCGCCCUGCUUUGAAAGAUAGUACAAAUGUUUGUAUUCUAGUCAUGACUGCAGCAGCAGCAGCUCAGGGCAGAAACCCACUAGAGAACUGCUCUUUACAACAUAUUUCCAACCGACACUGAGGACCAAUACCAAAUACAUUCUGUGAUCCCUUUAACAUUCAACCAAGCGUUAUAAGAACACACAUUCCAUCCAUUGCUUCCUUGAUCCUUAAAACUGUGUUGCCUUUCACCCUCCCAACUUGUUUGU